AUGCCCCGCCUCGCCCUGUGGCCCAGGUGCAGGGAGGUGGACGUGGCGGCCCUCGCGGGGCCCGCGCCUCCCGCGCCCACCGCACUUUCACGUGGGCCCCCACCACCCCGGUGCCCCCCGGUUCAAAAUCUGAAUUCGUCAGGGGAGGCGAAGAAACGUCUCCAGCAGCAGAGCCUGGAGGAGGAGGAGGAGGAGAGAGGAGAAGCGGAGGCGGAGGCGGAGGCGGAAGCGGAAGCAAUGCUGCGCGGCGGCGGGUCGCGUGCCCCGGCGAAGCCACGGCGCCCCCACUCCCACUCCCGACAGCGGGCACUGCCCCCGCCCACCCCGUCGCGCCGAGCGAGCGGGCCUGCCGCUUCGGCUUCCCCCGAGUCCAAGGAGCCGGCGGCGUUGGAGGCUCCGGUGGUGUCUUCCGUGGAGGAGACAUCGUUCACUUUUGAGUUCAAGCGGGGGUUCAAAAGGGCAAAGAAGGCAAUGCUGCCGCAGCCGGUGGAUGCGCCGAGAGGUGAAGACAAUUCAAGAGAGGGCCUCUCCAGCAAGCCGAACACUGUUCCUGCGAAGAAAGACGUGCCGAAGCAAGUGGAGUUCACCCAUUGCUCGCCUGGUAUCGUUGCUAGGCUGAUGGGUCUCGACACUGUACCUCACCCCAAGAAAGCUCUUGACCGGUGCCAGAGUGACACCUGGGCUAACCUGCAGCGACACUUGUCUGGAGUUGUGCGAGAUGUGGACAGUGUCUCGUCUGGGGAUCAGGCAUGUAACGUCAGUUCUGAUGAGCUGCCAGCACUGAAGGAUGUUUUUGAGGUAACAGAGAUGGAGAACAUGGCGACGCAUGAGCUGCCGCAGCCUGGAAAUCAGGAGCCAUAUCUGACAAACAUUGAGGCUGAUCUGGAAUUUGUCAGGCAAAAGUUCUUGGAUGCCAAGCGGCUUGCCACUGGUGAAGGGAAUAUGAAUUCGAAGGAGUUCAGCGAAGCACUUGAUGUACUCCACUCCAAAAGGGAUGUUUUCCUUGAAAUCCUUCAGGAGAACAGGACUGCAGUGUCAGGAUUCUCAGGACACAUCCUUAGCCACAGUGGGUUGCAGUGCUCUUCUCAUACAAGCAAUGCUGCUGCUGCACAAUCAUUUGAGGAAGAAAUCCCUUGUGGCAUGGAAGGUGUGUGUGACGGGAUGCAUGACAUACCAAAGGAGUUUGAGAAACCCAUUCCUAGCAUGCCGCUCAGAGAAACUUCAGUUACACCAGUGGCGCCAUUGGCACCAAAUGAGGGCAAGAGUAAAGGCUCAUGCCGUCGCUCUCAAAUCGUUGUUCUGAAGCCAAACCUUCAAAGGAAAAGUUUCACACCUGUUCUAUCAAGCCAAGAAGCACCACAAUAUAAACAGAGGAGUGGGACAGGACAUUUGAAGCCUCCACACCAUAGUAAACAAUUUUCUGUGCCACGAAACAAUGAAGUUCUUGAAGGAGAAAGGGGUUCUGCACUACAGAAGGUUAGAAAACAAACACCUAAAAGCAGUAGCAGGAGGAGACCAUCCCAGGAGGAAUAUAACCUUGAAGUGGAUACUGAGAAGGCAAAAGUUAGUUCUACCUCUCAUGAUGACACCAUGCCCUUUUAUUCAAGCAUUCAUUCUGCUGGACCAUCAGUAAGUAGAAAGGCCAGAAAGCACCUCUCAGAACGAUGGCAAAUGGCCUGCCAAUCUGGUUCAGAAAAUUUAAUUCCUAAAGGCAUAAAAACACUAGGUGAAAUGCUCGGACUGUCUGAUAGAGAUGCACCAAGAGAAAGCUCCCACAGGGGAGGAUCAGAUCCAAACUUCAAUCCCUAUAAUGUGAGGGAGGUGCCAGGCAGCCCUCUUGGCAUUAGCAGUAAAGAUGGGUGGAAGACAGGGAUUUACUGUGAAGAUGAUUCAAGAGCUGGUAUAUCAAGGAAUUUUCCCAGGUCCAAAUCUCUUCCAGCCUCAUCUACCACUUCUGCAAAAUUGUCAGGCAGGAGGCAGUCUGCACCAACCCGUAGGUUGCCCAUUCUGAAAGAUAUAUUGAAUUCACCCACUGAUGAAUCUGAAAAUGCACAUAUCAGGAAGAGAUCACCAAUCAGAAAUGCAAAACAGAAAAAUGGAAAAUCAACUGUCCAUCUAGGAAAGGAAAAUAUGCUACCUGAAAAAGAGAUUCAUGUAACUUCGGAAAAAGCUAGGCACAGCAUCUGCAUUUCUGAUCUUUCUCGGGCAAGCAAUAUACAUACUGAAAAGUGCCCUGAUGAUGUUAUCAGAACUGAGGAUCAGGAACAAUCUGAUUCUGCUCUUAAACACGAUUACACGGAAAAAACACAAGGUUUUAUGGGAUGCACAUACCAGACACUAGCAACAUCAUCUCCAGAGACAAAAGAAGUUUUAUCAAUUCAGAAUCAGGAUAGCAUAGAAUUGAAGGAGGAAAGGAAACCAUCAGUGGAGAUUGAUGAUCACGUUGGCACUCAAACAACAGAAUCAGCAAGUAUUGCAAGUUCUGAAAGUUGUGACUGCUCAAGUCCAACUGCUUUAUCGCAACACAGUUCUGGUGAAGAGACUUAUUCUGGAAUUUUUAAAAGCAUCAAUGUUGGUAUUCAAGAACUCAGAGAGCAACUAAAGAUGCUGAAGAUGGAAGACCAAGAUGACAUUUGUGAAGACUAUUCUGGUACUUUGUCAAGCGACGAGUUUGACAAUAUGAACAUCUCAACGUAUCGAGCCAUGGAAGAGCGGUUAUCUAUGUUUAAGAAUGAGGAGGACAGGGAUUUCUCUUAUGUACAGGACAUGCUUGCUAGCGUGUGUGACUUGCCAGAUCACCUAGAAGAUUGGCAAGUGAGCUCAGAUGUGUUCCUGUGUCUUGAAAACAAGUAUAACAAGCUGGUUCUGUGGUCGAAAUCAGACAGGAAACUUCUGUUUGAUCUUGUCAACUCCAUCUUGGCUGACAUGACCAUUCCAGACAAAGGUUUGCAUGCAAAGAUCAUGAUGAAGUGCUGGCCUGAAAUAGAUCACGGACAGUUAGCUGAAAAUGUCUGGCAAAUGGUGCAGAAGCAAAGUAACAAUGGACACUUCUUUUUGGAGGAUGUUCAGCCUUUGCCAUUGGACGAUCGUUCUGAGUUGGAACUGGUCGGAAUGAAUAUUGCCAGGAUGAUCCAUGAUGACAUCAUAAGAGAUUGUAUCAUCCAGUUCAUGUCGCAGGAGAACUACCUUGUUACCAACUAA